AUGCCCAUUCGGUUUCAACCAAGAUUACCAAAUGAAAUACUUGCAAAGAUAUUGGACCUCCUUAAGAACCCAGAUGAUAUUUAUAGCUUUAUUCAAGGGGUUCCACAAGUAUUACCUUAUUUCCAAAAACGUUAUAAAGUUGUUAUAAUUGACUUUCCAGAACCUUUGCUACGUAUAGCUUUGUCCUCUUCGUCGUAUAAUAAGUUUAUACCGUCAACUACUAUUUCAGGGGAUUCUUACCUAGCGGUGUUAAAAGACUUAUUUGAAAAGAUGAAUGAUCCCAUGAAGCUUAAAAUUUGUUUCAGACAACCCAAUAUGGAUCAUUCGAGUUCUGAUAAUUAUUCAUGUACGUCGUUCAAGGAUGAAAGACAUCAUGAUGAUGGAAUACUUACUUGUUUGGAUUUACAACAGUUUUCAAGAAUGGAAUUUUCAGAGUUGAUGUUUAGAGAUCAUACUAAAAGUGGUCGUCGCAGUACAUUGAGAAAUACUUUUAGAGAAUUACAUUUGUGUGAUUUUGGUGAUUAUUUAAAUCUCUCAGAGUGUCCAGGACUACCAAAAUUAGCAUUUUCCAGAUUGAAGGACACAAACAAUAUUGAUGAAUCAACAAUUUUACCAAAAUAUGUCUCCAUUUUUAAUGACACAGCACAUCAGUUCCCAUUCAGCUUAAUAUCUAGUCUGGAUAUAAAAUAUUUGGUACUGAGAAAUAGAAAUAGCUCUACUGGAAACAUGGUAUCAGGCAUCAAGCUUCCAAGACUAAAGAAGCUUGAAAUUCACAAUACUGGUGAUAACGAACUUAUCCGAAUUGGAAACAUUGAAACAGAGUUACUUGAAGAAUUAGAAAUCAGGUCACCUCAGAACCUCCAAAUUGAAAACAUAAUUACCCCGAGACUUAAAGUCUUUACUCUAGCUGCUCAAUCUUGUUUAUUCACUGGUGAGAUACACAUUCCAGCUGUAAAAAAGUUCAAGAUAUCAUUGAGGAGUGAUCCACUCACUAGACCGUCUUCUUCAACCAGCAAAAAUCCACUUGGGUUCCUAGAGAAUGCUCACCAUGGUAUUCUAAAAGGUGGAUGUCAUCAUAUCAUUAAUGGGUUAGAUAUGAAGGAUUUGAGGUCCUUGAAGCUCAAAGGUGCGCCAUAUAAAGGUUAUCCAUUUGAUACCAAAUUUCCCGUACUGUAUAGCUUAGAGAUUGAAUAUGAUGAUAAGAUGAAACAUUUUCCAAAGCUGAAGUCACCUUCGUUGAAACGUUUAGUCUUACAUCAUUGCUUUAAUUUGGAAUCUGUUGAAUGGCUAUCUUCAGAUGAAGAAAUUUCCACUAGUUUAAAAGAAAUAACAAUCAGAGAAUCAUCUGAACCACUUAGAUUGGAAAGUCUGAGAUUGAAAAGCUUGGAUAAACUGGUGAUCCACUCGCAUAAAGAUAUUAAUUUAUUGAAUUGUGAAUUUGAUAGCCUAUUAGACAUAUAUAUUCAUCAUUGGCCGGCUGCUUGUAAGACGUAUGAGUCUACAGAAGUACUUGAUGAUCGCCCUCGAGUAUUAAAAUUUGAUAAAAUAUCUGCACCAAAGUUGAAGAAGCUAACAAUUGAAUCACCGAUCUUGAAAUCAAGUGUUGGUUUGAAUUUGGCGAAAGAAUAUCCACAGAUUGAAGAACUUAUCUUGCAUACUUCAGAAGUUAUACCACCUAUUCUUGACAUCAACCCUUGGGGUCGUUCCAAUCUAAAGAGAUCACGUAUUAAACUUGGUGACUGGUCAUGA